AUGUCGUUGUACUUUGGAGAUAUCUCACCAGCGCCGCCAGAUCCAGUCUUUAAUAUCACAACACGCUAUAAUAAUGAUAAGAAUAGCUAUAAAGUGAAUCUUGGUGUUGGAGCUUAUCGUGAUGAGAAUGGUCAACCAUGGGUCUUACCAGUAGUUCGUGAAAUUGAAGAAAUGAUGAGCCAAGAUCAUUCUUUAAAUCACGAAUACUUACCUAUUGAAGGUUUGCAAUCAUUUCGUGAGAGUGCCACUCGCCUAAUGCUUGGCAAUGAAUGCAGAGCCAUCGUAGAAGAUAGGGUUCGCUCUAUUCAAUGUCUAUCUGGUACUGGUUCUAUUCGUCUUGGAGCUGCUUUCUUAAAACGAUUCCAUCCUGAUUCAGCAAUUUAUGUUGCAAAACCAACGUGGGGUAACCAUCGCAAUAUAUUCAAGAAUGAAUUUUUUCCAGAAAGCAUGAUAAAAGAAUAUCCGUAUUUCGAUUCAGCAACGCGCGGCUUAAAUUUGGAAGGAAUGAUCAAUGCAUUGAAAGAAGCACCUGAAAGAUCUAUUAUUGUCUUACACGCUUGUGCUCAUAAUCCAACUGGAGUAGACCCAAAUAGAGAGCAGUGGGAAGCUAUAGCUGAUGUCAUCAAGGAGAGAAAUUUAAUGCCAUUAUUCGACUCCGCAUAUCAAGGUUUUGCAUCUGGAGAUCUAAAUGAAGAUGCAUGGAGUGUUCGCUAUUUUGUCAGUCUAGGCAUGGAAAUGCUGAUUGCUCAAUCCUUUGCAAAAAAUUUUGGUUUAUACAAUGAAAGAGCUGGAAAUUUAAUUGUUGUUGCAAAAAAUAGCAGUGAUGCAGCUGCCGUGCUAAGUCACUUGAAAGCAUUAGCUAGACCAAUGUGGUCAAAUCCACCAAAUCAUGGAGCUCGUAUAGUGGCGACAGCAUUAAAUAAUGAAGACCUUCGUGCGCAUUGGUUCCGAAACUUGCAAAAGAUGGCAAAUAGAAUUAGAGCAAUGCGGGAAUUGCUAUUGGAGAAAUUAAGAGCUUUAGGAACGCCAGGCACAUGGACCCACAUCGUGAAUCAAAUUGGAAUGUUCUCCUUUACUGGACUAACUGUUCGCCAAUGUGAAGUGAUGACUAGCAAUCAUAGUAUUUAUCUUCUUCCUAAUGGUCGAAUUAAUAUUUGCGGUUUAAAUCAUGAUAACAUUGAUCAUGUUGCAAAGGCUAUUGAUGAUGUCGUUCGCAAUAUAGAAGAUUAG